AUCCACACCCAACCAUGGCGGAGCGCGGCGGCGGCGAGCGCGGCGGAGAGCGCGGCGGGUUCGGGCGCGGCUUCGGGCGCGGCGACCGCGGCGGACGCGGCGACCGUGGCGGGCGUCGCGGCGGCCGCCGUGGGCCUCGCCAGGAGGAGGAGAAGUGGGUGCCGGUGACCAAGCUCGGCCGCCUCGUCAAGGAGGGCCGCUUCUCCAAGAUGGAGGAGAUCUACCUCCACUCGCUGCCCGUCAAGGAGCACCAGAUCGUGGAGACGCUCUGCCCCGGGCUCAAGGACGAGGUCAUGAAGAUCACGCCCGUGCAGAAGCAGACCCGCGCAGGGCAGCGCACCCGCUUCAAGGCCUUCGUCGUCGUCGGCGACAGCAACGGCCACGUCGGCCUCGGCGUCAAGUGCGCCAAGGAGGUCGCCACCGCCAUCCGCGGCGCCAUCAUCCUCGCCAAGCUCUCCAUCGUGCCAGUCAGGAGGGGAUACUGGGGGAACAAGAUCGGACAGCCACACACCGUGCCUUGCAAGGUCACUGGUAAGUGCGGGUCUGUCACCGUGCGCAUGGUGCCCGCCCCCAGGGGUUCUGGUAUCGUCGCUGCCCGCGUGCCCAAGAAGGUCCUGCAGUUCGCUGGUAUUGAGGAUGUCUUCACCUCGUCCCGUGGAUCCACCAAGACCCUCGGCAACUUCGUCAAGGCCACCUUUGACUGCUUGAUGAAGACCUAUGGAUUCCUCACUCCUGACUUCUGGAGGGAGACCACCUUCACCAAGGCGCCCUACCAGGAGUUCACCGACCUCUUGGCCAAGCCCACAAAGGCCCUUCUGCUUGAUGCACCAGUUGAGAAGAUAGAUGCUUAGGGUGUCGCAGUAAAGAGUUUUACUAGCUGGGAGUCAUCUAAUGCACUUCGCUUUAUUAUUAUAGUUAAGAACUGCGUGUCAUCUUUGAAUUGUGCUGCCUCUGGAUGUCUCUGCUUGCUCUCAUGUUUUGGAUUAUGGUACAAUGUUGCUCUUCUUAAUCAUAUCAAUGGAUGCUACAUAAGUAUUGUCAA